AUGUUUGAUGUCAAGGCUUGGGUGGAAUAUGUAGUGGAAUGGGCUACAAAGGACCCAUAUGGUUUCCUUACAACCCUUAUUUUGGCUCUUACUCCACUGUUCCUAGCAAGUGCGGUCUUGUCCUGGAAAUUGGCCAAGAUGAUUGAAGCCCGGGAGAAGGAACAAAAGAAGAAACAAAAACAUCAAGAAAGUAUUGCAAAAACUAAACGACUGAAAAGAGAGUGA